CCCCCUUGUCUCUGCUUCUGUAACUGCAACAAUGGCGGUAUCCUCUCGCCUCUUUCUACUUGUUUCCUUCUUCUUCUUCUUCUUAGUUUCUCAUUGUCUUCUUCCCUCUGAAGGGUCCAUAAACCGUGAUUUAGAAGCUCUCAUGGCGUUCAAAGCGGCUUCUGAUACGCACAACAAGCUCACAUCUUGGAACUCCAGCACCCACCCCUGUAACUGGGUCUUUGUCUCAUGCCUCAAGAAUCGAGUUUCGCGACUCGUUCUUGAGAAUCUCGAUCUCCAUGGUUCCAUCGAGCCGUUAACCUCUCUGACUCAGCUUCGAGUUCUGAGCCUGAAGCGAAACCGUUUUUCCGGUCCCAUUCCGAGUCUGUCUAAUUUUACAGCUCUGAAGCUUCUGUUUCUUUCUCACAAUGAGUUCUCUGGUGCGUUUCCGGUGACGGUUACGUCGCUUCUCCGCUUGUAUCGCCUUGAUCUCUCUCACAACAACUUGUCCGGCGACAUUCCGACUACGCUCAACAAUCUGACUCACCUGCUCUCCCUCCGUCUCAAUGACAACCAGUUCUCCGGUCACAUUUCCAUUCUAAACCUCUCCAAACUACAAGACUUCAAUGUCUCCGGUAAUCACCUUUCCGGCGAAAUACCCAAAUCAGUCUCGGGUUUCCCCGCAUCAUCGUUCGCUCAAAACCCAUCUUUAUGCGGAGCUCCAUUGGUGAAAUGUAAGGACGUCCAUGCUGUACCGAUUCAACCCGGAUCUGUAGGAGCCAAUAUUUCAUCGCCAUUGAUGCCGCAAAGCAGUCCUUCAACGCCGGCGAAGAAUGCAGCGCCCGAAACACCAUCUAAUAACGCUCACCACCAUCAUAAUGGAGCUUCGAAAAUGAGACCAGUAAUUCUGAUAGCCAUUAUAGUCGGCGACGUCUUGGUUCUGGCUAUAGUGUCCCUUCUUCUGUACUGUUGUUUCUGGCAAAACUACUCAGCAAAAUUGAGAGAAGGAAACAGGUCGAAGCUUCUGGAAAGCGAGAAGAUCUUGUAUUCAUCAAGCCCAUACCCAUCAACCCAAGCCGGAUUAGAGAGGGGUCAAAUGGUGUUCUUCGAAGGGAUGAAGAAGUUCGAGCUAGAGGACUUGCUUCGAGCUUCUGCAGAAAUGUUAGGGAAAGGCGGGUUCGGGACGGCGUAUAAAGCCGUUCUUGAUGAUGGUAAUGUCGUGGCAGUGAAGAGGCUCAAGGACGCUCUGAUUAAUGGGAAGAAGGAGUUCGAACAGCACAUGGAAAUACUGGGAAGAUUAAGACAUCCCAAUAUUGUAAGCUUGAGAGCUUACUAUUAUGCUCCAGACGAGAGAUUGCUGGUCUACGAUUACAUGACCAAUGGUAGCUUGUUUUGGCUCCUUCAUGGGAACCGAGGACCCGGAAGAACCCCACUUGAUUGGACCACAAGGCUUAAGAUAGCCGCCGGAGUGGGCCGAGGCCUGGCCUUCAUCCAUGGCUCAUGUAAGGCCCUUAAGCUCACCCAUGGUAACAUCAAGUCCACCAACAUCCUCAUCGACCAGGACGGGGACCCACACGUGGCAGACUUUGGGCUGUCCGUUUUCGCAGCACCCGCCCCCAGAUCUAACGGCUAUCGUGCACCGGAAGCACUGGAUGGUAGGAAAAACACGCAGAAAUCCGACGUAUACUCUUUCGGUGUUCUUCUCCUGGAGCUUCUCACAGGGAAGUGCCCCUCCUUAGGGGAAUCGGGUGGGCCCGGAGGAGGCGGGGCCGCGGACCUACCCAGGUGGGUCCAAUCGGUGGUGAGAGAGGAAUGGACGGCUGAGGUGUUCGACAUAGAGCUGAUGAGGUACAAGGACAUUGAAGAGGAGAUGGUAGGGCUGCUUCAGAUCGCCAUGUCUUGCUGCGCGGCUGGGCCAGAUCAACGGCCCAGGAUGAGCCACGUGGUGAAGAUGAUCGAGGACAUACGCGGUGUUGAGAUAUCGCCGAGUCAUGACACGUCGGACUCGGUGUCUGAGUCGCCGUCCUUGUCGAGCUAGCUGGUGAUGGCAAAUGUGGAAUGGAGAGGGUUCGUGAAUUCAGGGGAGGGGUUAGGAGGUUUUAAUUUUAAAGUGAAAGAUAUUUGUUUCUAAAAUGUAUUGACUUGAAUUGGUAGAUAUGAUAGAAAUUCAU